AGGCCAAGCCCUGAGUUGAGGCAUGGAAGCUGUUAAACUCUAAGCUGAGCAGGUCUGAAAGGUGCUCUGCAUUGAGAUUCCUUCAGCUCUGGGUGCCAGCCAUGGCACAGAACAGCACUGUGAACAACAGCAUCAACUUGCCCUACCAAGACCUGGCUUCCGAGGUGAUCAGGCACAGGGUCACCAUGGCCACCGGAGAAGAGAUAAUUCCAGAGAAAAAUUAUAGUGCUAAGAAGAUGGUCUUCUGUUCAGACAUGGAGACAGAGCCUUCUCCCAACAAGACCUACUUCACCGAACCUCCUGCCCCGCUGCCUUUGCCCGCCAAGGAGUCCACUGUCUCCCAUGUAGGCACAACUUAAAUUACUUGGAGAUGGACUCUUCACGUGAGACUCCAGCAAGCAGUUUCAGUGACGUUCUUGGCCAUGUCUUUGAAGACUGUCUUGGAAAUCUUUGUUCUUUAGGCUUUUUCUUCUAGAACCACUGUUGGGUGUUGUACAUCUCCCCCAGUGCACCUGGAGGGAUUUGGGGUUUUCAAGCUGAGUCUCUGUGGAUGGAUUUGAUCUGUAGAACACUUGCAGCGGUCAAUUACCUUUGAAUUUAAAGUUAUCAGGCACUGUUUAUUACUAAAUCUGAAUCUGUGAAAAGCACAGGUCUCUGUGACUUAACUCUAAAGAUCUGAGGUCCA